UUCAUUAAUAUCUGCAAACUUCCGUUUACAACUUUUUGGCUCCAUGGCUUCCCUUCUUUUCCUCUCAAUCCCUACUUUUUCUUUCCAACUCUCAUAACCUUUUCCAUAAGCUUUUUUCCUCUUAACCAUAUUCAUUGUAUUCAAUUUCUUGGGGUGUUUUGUUUCUCUCUGUUAACGUGUCCUGAUGAUGAACCCAAGGAGUUGAGGCUGUUACUGAAACCGAGGCUGAAUUCUGUACAUCAUUGGUUGUUUGUCAAAUCCCUGGUUUUGAAACACGGGGUUUGAGAAAAGGAAAGCAAUAGGGUUUUAGAUUACCAGAAAUGGAAAACUUUUCUUGGGUUUACAAGGAAGAAGAUCAGAUGGAUUUGCCACCAGGAUUCCGAUUCCAUCCAACUGAUGAAGAGCUUAUUACCCACUACUUGUUCAAGAGAGUUACUGAAUCCAGCUUCUCUGCUAGUGCUAUUGGAGAGGUGGAUUUGAACAAGUCUGAGCCUUGGGAAUUGCCAUGGAAAGCGAAAAUGGGUGAGAAAGAGUGGUAUUUUUUCUGUGUGAGGGACAGAAAGUACCCAACUGGUUUGAGGACUAACAGGGCUACAGAAGCUGGUUAUUGGAAAGCCACAGGGAAGGACAAGGAAAUAUACAGGGGGAGAUCCCUGGUUGGGAUGAAGAAAACCCUUGUUUUCUAUAGGGGCAGAGCCCCUAAAGGAGAGAAAACCAACUGGGUCAUGCAUGAAUACAGAUUAGAGGGAAAAUUCUCAGUCCACAACCUCCCCAAAACUGCAAAGAAUGAAUGGGUGCUUUGUAGGGUAUUUCAAAAGAGUUCUGGGGGGAAGAAAAUCCAUAUAUCAGGGAUAGUUAGAUUGGGCUCUUUUGGCAGUGAAUUGGGUCCUUCUGACCUUCCACCAUUGACAGAUUCUUCUGCAAAUAUUGGCAAGACAAAACCUUUUAUUGAAUCGGCUUACGUGCCCUGCUUCUCCAACCCCAUUAGUGCUCAAAGAAACCAAGAAGGGAUGGUUGAUUCCUUCAAUAACUCUCUCUAUGGAGUUCCUUCAAAUCCCACUGAUAUUCUUCCAAGAAUCCCAGCUUCAAGUUCCUUCUAUUCAACUCAAAUUUCUACAAUUCAAGGAAAUCUGCAAUUCCCAGGAUGCGUUGGAAUGCAAGACCCCUCAAUUCUCUGGGCCUUGCAUGGAAAUCAGGGAUCAAACUUGAGGCAGAGUUUCAAAACAGAAAGAGAGAUUGUCGGUGUCUCACAGGAAACAGCUAUGAAUACUGAUGUGAUUGCCGAAAUUUCUUCCCUCGUAUCAAAUCUUGAAAUGGAUAGGAGGUCAUUUCAGGAGGCCCCAUCUACCUCAGCUGGGCCACUAGACCUUGACAAUUUUUGGAAUUAUUGAAAACUUGAUGUUAAGGUAAUAGAAGAAGAGGAAGAGCAGGUGAAUCUGUGUACAUAUAUUUAAAUAAAAAAAAAAAGAGAGCAAAUGCUAAGCAAAUAUAAUGCAAUGUAAGAAAUUAUAUGAUCUACUUUCUUUGUGGAUUUGUUAAAAGUUUGUUUAUUUUUUUUGUUUUGGUUGGCAUCAUUGUAGUCAAUUUGCUUGUAUACAAAAUGAGUGACAUAAGAGAAUGAGAUUCUGCUGUUGGACAUGUAAUCUUAUUUUUG